AUGUCUGCUCAUGGUAAAACCCUGAAAACCACUGAGGAAGUGGCUCUUCAGAUCCUCUUGCUUUGCCAGUUUGUGGUUGGGACUAUGGCCAAUGUAUUUUUGUUUGUCCACAAUUUCUCUCCAGUCUUGACUGGUUCUCAACAGAGGCCAACACAGGUGAUUUUAAGCCAUAUGGCUGUGGCCAAUGCCUUGAUUCUCUUCCUCACUAUAUUUCCAAACAACAUGAUGGCUUUUGCUCCAAGAAAUCCUCAAACAGACCUCAAAUGUAAAUUAGAAAUCUUCACUCGCCUGGUGGCAAAAAGCACAAACUUGUGUUCCACCUGUGUCCUGAGUGUCCAUCAGUUUGUCACUCUUGUUCCUGUUAAUAGAGGUAAACUUAUUCUCAGAGCAAGUGUCCCUAAUUUAGCGAGUUAUUCUUGUUACAGCUGUUGGUUCUUCAGUGUCUUAAAUAACAUCUACAUUCCAAUUAAGGUCACUGGUCCACAAAUAACAGAAAAUAACACUGACUCUAAGAGCAAAUUGCUUUGUUCCACUUCCAGAUUCAGUGUAGGCAUUUUCUUUUUGCAGAUAUUCCAUGAUGCCACAUUCAUGAGCAUCAUGGUCUGGACCAGUGUCUCCAUGGUGCUUCUCCUCCACAGACAUCGCCAGCGAAUGCAGCACAUACUCACUUCCAAUCAGGACUCCAGAGGCCGAGCUGAGACCAGAGCAACCCACACUAUCCUGAUGCUGGUGGUCACAUUUGUUAGCUUUUAUCUUCUAAAUUUUAUUUGUAUCAUUUUUGACACAUUUUUUACAUAUUCUCGUGUAUUCAUGAGGAAUAUCAGUGAAGUUUUGGUCAUAAGCUUCCCCACAAUUUCUCCCUUAUUGCUGAUCUUCAGAGACCCUAAGGAUCCUUGUUCUGUGCUCUUCAACUGGUGA